AUGGAAAUCGCAGAAAUGCUCGAGCGUAGAGGGAUUGACAUCUGCUGCCUUCAGGAAACCCGAUGGAAAUCGAAUGGUGUCUGUCAUGUCAACUCAGACAAAGAAAAAUAUAAACUAUUCUGGAAUGAUCAAAAGACGGCUAAAAAUGGUGUUGGAAUUUUUGUCAGAGAACCGAUAGCCCAAGAAGUACUGGAUAUUAAAAGGAUUAAUUCACGUCUCAUGUGGAUCAAGCUUCGCCUAGAAAAGCAAACAAUGAUUAUUUUUUCUGCAUACGCACCACAGACAGGCGAAUCAGAAGAGAUGAAAAAUGACUUCUGGACUGCAUUCUCUGACACCAUCUCAGCAAUACCAAAAUCUGGAACAAUCCUGAUUGGAGGCGAUCUCAAUGGCCACGUUGGA